AUGAGAGGCAAGGCCAGGAGGAAAGGAGGAGGAGGAGGAGAGGAAGAGGAGGAGAUGAAAGUGGUCAGCGAGAACAUCUCUGAGGGAUUCUCGAUUUAUCCCAGUCCCCGAGUGAGAACGCUUAAAAACCUUCAUCGGGCUCCUCAUUUUAAGUCUUUUGAUUCAGUGGACCAGAUAUUUGAGGGGGUGGUGAACCUGCUGGACAAGUUGCAGGCCUGGCACAGCACCCCCGGCAGCCCCGGGAACACCGAACUGAAGGAAAUGGCCCAGAUCGGCCUGCGUAUCAUCACCGGAUACAUCCAGCAGCAGCACUCGCAGGUGUGUGUGAUGGCCUAUGUGAAGCUCCACAGCCUUCUCCAGACCGUCCUGUGUCUGAGCUGGGAGGAGGUGUGCUUCCUGUUGGGGCAGCUGGGCGCCCCCCUGUGGCCAGGAGGGGUAAUGGACGGCCCCAACUGUGGACAUGCAGAGACUUACUCCCAGCUUGUGCCCAUCGUGCGCACGCUGCUUGACCAGCACGCCGACCCCGACACUCUCAGUGGACUCCUGCCAAAUCUGCCCGUCACUAACGGCAGCACCACCUUCGCUGAGGACCUGAAGACUUACUGCCACACUCCUGAGUGGCAGGAGUUUUACCAGCAGCAGGUUCAGCCCACCAUGGAGCUAUAUGAGCUGGACAGGUUUGGGAGGAGCCAUGACAUCAUGUCCAAUUUCUGGAAUUCCUGCUUCGAUGACCUGAUGAAUACAGCCCAAAGACGGGACAAAGAGAGAUCAGACAGCAAGUCCAAGUUUCAGGAAGUGAUUGUGGACCCCUGCCUGAAACGAGCAAAAAGUGAGAACAACAGGUACUUCAGUGUGCAGAAGCAGAGCUCCAGCCAGCAGGGGGUGGUGUGGCAGCACUGGAGAGCUCUGCGGAGGCUUCUGACCAGUGAGAGAGGAGCAUGGGCCAACAAAGUUCAACCAGUGGUGAAAUUGAAAUUGUCCAACGCAGAGACUUAUUCAAAGAUGCGUCUCAAGCUUGUGCCCAACUUCAACUAUGAUCCUCACAGUGAGGCCAGCGCCCUGAGGGACAACAUGGGAGCGGACAGCCCUCGUAGCUCUGACCUGCUCCCCUUGAAUGUUGCAAAGGAAGCAAAAGUUAGUGACAUGGAGGACGAUCAGUUAGGAGACGAGGACGUUGUCUUCUUGGAUAACAAGGUGGAGGGAGAAGACGAGAGCCAGAAAGAAAAACUGGUUCUGUCUGAAGACUGUGAGCUUAUCACCAUCGUGGCGGUUGUUCCGGGUCGUCUGGAAGUAACCACGCACCAUCUAUACUUCUAUGAUGGCAACAGCGAGAAAGAAGAGACAGAAGAAGGAAUCGGGUUUGAUUUUAAGAGACCUCUGUCUCAGCUGAGAGAAGUCCAUCUGAGGCGCUACAACCUGCGACGAUCUGCGCUGGAGCUCUUCUUCAUCGACCAGUCUCACUACUUCAUCAACUUCAGGAAGAAGGUACGAAACAAAGUGUACUCCAGGAUUCUGGGUCUGCGGCCUCCCAACCUGUUUUACUUCGGCUCUCGCUCCCCCCAAGAGCUACUGAAGGCAUCUGGGCUUACACAGAAAUGGGUGUGCAGAGAAAUCUCCAAUUUCGAGUACCUGAUGCAACUGAAUACUAUUUCUGGACGCACUUACAACGACCUGUCGCAGUAUCCUGUGUUCCCCUGGAUCUUGUGUGACUACACCUCUCCCAUUCUGGAUCUGGAUGACCCGUCAGUUUUCAGAGAUUUGUCCAAGCCCAUUGGUGUGGUCAACUCUCGGCAUGCACAGAAUGUCAGAGAAAAGUAUGAGAGCUUUGAGGACCCAACAGGCACCAUCGACAAAUUCCACUAUGGCACACACUACUCUAAUGCAGCAGGAGUCAUGCACUACAUGAUCCGCAUGGAGCCGUUCACAACUCUGCAUAUCCAGCUGCAGAGCGGCAGGUUUGACUGUGCAGACCGACAGUUCCACUCGGUGCCAGCAGCCUGGCAGGCUCGCAUGGAGAGUCCAGCUGACGUCAAAGAGCUCAUCCCGGAGUUUUUCUACUUCCCAGAAUUCCUGCAGAACCAGAAUGGCUUCGAUCUGGGACAGUUGCAGAUAUCUCAGGAUGCUGUGGCCGAUGUUCUGCUGCCUCGCUGGGCCUCUUCCAGAGAAGACUUCAUCAAGCAGCACAGGAAAGCCCUGGAAUGUGAGCACGUGUCCAGUCACCUCCAUGAGUGGAUCGACCUCAUCUUUGGUUUCAAGCAGAGGGGCGAAGAGGCAGUAAACGCCCUCAAUGUCUUCUACUACUGCACUUAUGAGGGCGCUGUAGAUCUGGAUGCAAUUGCCAACGAGACGGAGCGCAAGGCCCUUGAAGGCAUCAUCAGCAACUUUGGACAGACUCCCUGUCAGCUCCUGAAGGAGCCUCAUCCUCCUCGUAUGUCAGCUGAGAACGCAACCAGGCGGCAGGUCCGCCUGGACACUAUACCCCUGAAUAUCUUUGAGCACCUCAACAAACUCCGACCAUUUGUGGAAGUGGUAAGCGAUGGCUUUCCUCUGGUCCAGGCAGUGGUACCAAAGAGCCAGAAUCGCCCCUUUAUCAUCCAAGGCUCAGAUAUGCUGGUGACUGUGAGUUCGAACGGGUUAAUAGGGACACACAGCUGGCUGCCUUAUGACAAAAACAUCGCCAACUACUUCACCUUCACCAAGGACCCCACCAUGACUAAUCCCAAGACGCAGCGAUUCUUAAGCGGACCUUUCUCUCCGGGGGUGGAGAUCAGUGCUCAGGUGCUGGUGGUGUCCAACGACGGCCGCCUGCUCUUCAGUGGAGGACACUGGGACUGCAGUCUCCGUGUCACCCAGCUUGGGAAGGGCAAGCUGGUGGGCAGGAUUUGCCGGCACAUUGACGUUGUUACUUGCUUGGCUCUGGAUCUCUGUGGCAUCUACCUCAUUUCUGGUUCACGGGACACAUCCUGUAUAGUGUGGCAGGUUCUGCAGCAGGGGGGCUUCUCCAGCGGUCUGUCUCCUCGACCCGUGCAGGUCCUCUGUGGCCACGACCAGGAGGUCACCUGUGUGGCCAUCAGCACUGAACUGGACAUGGCUGUGUCAGGGUCGAAGGAUGGGACUGUGAUAGUGCACACUGUCCGGCGAGGCCAGUUCCUGCGGACUCUGCGGCCCCCUGGAGAAAGCUGGGUCCCCGCACACAUCUCUGAGCUCCAGGUGGGCAUGGAGGGCCACAUCGUGGUGCAGACCUCGCUGGAGGAGCGCUCUCAUAGAAAGGGCAAGUACUCCAUUCAUGUUUACACAGUAAACGGCUGCCUGCUGUCCUCCUUCACCAUGGAGGAGCAGGUGACUGCUCUCCACCUUGUGUCUGAACACAUCAUCGUGGGAACCGUGAAAGGCAGCCUGCACAUACGAGAUUUAUGCAGUCUGGACGCGUCGGUUAGACCGCUGGCCUUGAAAGUUCCUGUGAGAAGUGUGUCUGUCACCAAAGAGUGCAGCCACAUCCUUGUGGGACUGGAGGACGGGAAGUUAAUUGUUGUGGGGGCAGGGAAGCCAGAGGAGGUUCGUUCAGGGCAAUUCCCCCGCAUUUGGGGCUCCACACGUCGCAUCUCUCAGGUGUCGGCGGGUGAAACUGAGUAUAAUCCCACUGGGAAUGCUGGCAAAUGAGAUGAGCAAUGGCGGAAGAACUCUGAGGACACCGAAGGCUGCUGAUACCAACAUGCUCACCAGACUCAACAAGGCUUUGUUCCCUUUACAAGCUGGGAGACUAUCCUCCUCAGCCUCUGAUCUCUCUGAGAGAGCAACUAUACACUGUGCACUUUUUUGUAUUCUUAAUGGAUUUUAUAUUUUAUUGUGUAUUUCUUUACAUGUGUGUACUGUUUUUAAUCUGCAUCAUUCCAAAGAGUGGCCUUUGUUUUUGUUGAAGAAGAAGAGCUUGGUGUUGGAGGUUGUGAACUGCAUUUAAACAGCGAGUCAUAAUUCAGGGACGCGACUCACGCUGACUCACGUGCAGCCAUCGGACAUGGAGAGAAG